AUGUCGUCCAUGCGAAAUUCAAUACAGCGCCGCUCGCAUCGCGAGAGGGGUCAGCUCAAAGGCCGUGAGAAACUCGGCCUCCUCGAAAAGCACAAGGAUUACUCCCUUCGAGCAAAAGACCACAAAAAGAAACAGACCGUCCUCAAGAGCCUCAAGCAAAAGGCUGCCGAGCGAAACGAAGAUGAGUUCUACUUUGGCAUGGUUUCCCGGGGCAAAUUCUCCUCAGGGAAGCUGGCAGUGGGCAAGAAGUGGGACGGCACCGUGGCCGGCGACAGAGGAAAUAAGGCCCUGGACGUGGACACCGUCCGACUUCUCAAGACCCAAGACAUCGGCUACCUACGGACGGUGCGGAACGUCGUCGCCAAGGAGGUCAGAGACCUCGAGCAAAAGGCUGUGAUCGCAGGGGCGUUUGCGGGCGUGGACGGCGAUGGCGACGAGGACGAGGAAGACGAUUUUGACAGUGACGAGGAUGCUGCACCAAGGAAAGCGAAGCCACAAUUAAAACCGAAGAAGAUCGUGUUUGCCGCGUCAGAAGAGGAACUAGAGGAGAAAAUGCCGGAUCCAGAGGACAGCGACGACGACGUGGACAUGGACGAUGACGAUUCCGAGCAGUCUGACAAUGAGAAAGACCGCGAGGCAAGAAAGAGGGCACAGAACGCAGAGCGGCUACGUACGAAGUUGCGGAACGCAAGGAAGAAACUGAAGGCCCUCACGGACGCGGAGAACGAGCUCGAGCUGCAGCGGGCACGGAUGGCGAAAACGGCGACGGUGGGAAGCAUCACGAAGAAGGGCCAGAAGAUCAAGGUUCGGGAACGCAAGAAGUAG